GCUGCUCCCGGAUGCGCACUGCUCAGUUCUGCAGAGCCAGCUCUAUCCCGCUCUGUUACUUCGUUUAGCGCGCAAGCCCCGCGUGCCCACCCUGCGGCCUCUCCCUGGCACAGAAAUGGCCUCAGGUGCCACCCCUACAGCUGUGAAGAUUGGAAUAAUUGGUGGAACAGGCCUGGAUGAUCCAGAAAUCUUAGAAGGAAGAACUGAGAAAUAUGUGGAUACUCCGUUUGGCAAGCCUUCUGAUGCCUUAAUUUUGGGGAAGAUAAAGAAUGUUGAUUGCGUCCUCCUUGCAAGGCACGGCAGGCAGCACACCAUCAUGCCUUCCAACGUCAACUACCAGGCCAACGUGUGGGCUCUGAAGGAGGAGGGCUGCACCCACGUCCUGGUGACCACCGCCUGCGGCUCCUUGAGGGAGGAGAUUCAGCCGGGCGAUAUUGUUAUCAUCGAUCAGUUCAUCGACAGGACCACCAGAAGGCCUCAGACCUUCUACGAUGGGAGUCAUUCCUGUGCCAGAGGAGUGUGCCACAUAUCGGCGGCUGAGCCAUUCUGCCCCAAAACGAGAGAGGUCCUCACGGAGUCUGCGAAGAAGCUAGGACUGCGGUGCCAUCCGAAGGGGACUAUGAUUACAAUCGAAGGACCUCGAUUCAGUUCCCGGGCAGAAAGUUCCAUGUUUCGAACCUGGGGGGCGGAUGUUAUUAACAUGACCACGGUUCCAGAGGUGGUUCUUGCUAAGGAGGCUGGGCUUUGCUAUGCCAGUAUCGCCAUGGCAACAGAUUAUGAUUGCUGGAAGGAACACGAGGAAGCGGUUUCAGUGGACCGGGUUUUAAAGACUCUGAAAGAAAAUGCCAAUAAAGCCACAAGUUUACUCCUCACUACCAUACCUCAGAUAGGGUCCAUGGAAUGGUCAGAAACCCUACAUAACCUGAAGAAUAUGGCCCAGUUCUCUGUCUUGUUACCGAGACAUUAAAAUAACCUGGCUGCCCAGAAGGCAAGAAGACUUCGUAAGUCUAGUCAUUUCGGGAAUUCCUGCUUAAUUUGAAAUGUGGAAAGCUUUCAUGCCCAUACCCGCUGAGGAAGAACAUGUGAUAAGACAAGACGAUGCCAACGUGAAAGGUGCCUUCUGAAAGACAUGGGCUGCUUCAAAAAAGAGGGAAAGCAAAUGACCAGGAAACAUGGAAAAAUUCCUACACUUCAGAACAAAGACAAGAAGAGAACUAAUCACCCUUCCCCCAUUAAAUUCAUAACAAGGGUGGGAGGUAACAUGCAGUUUCCCACGUUGCCAAGAAACACGAAGACAAGGGGGCUGUUAGACUUGAUUGGUGUCACUGCAAAUUGGUGCAGUCUUCUGGAGAGCAGUUUGGUAAAAUGUAUCAAAAGGCUUAGAAAUAAGUAUACACUUUGUGCUGGUUUCUCUACUCCUUUUAUCUUUAAAAAAUUAGAAAUGCAUACAAAGACUUAUGUAUAAAGAAGGAUGUUUAAUAUAGUGUCAGUUUUAAUAGCAAAUAUUCAAAACGAUCUUAAUAUCCAAAAAUUGGAGAUGUAUUAUAGUUUAGCCCUAAUUAGAUUGUGAAGCAACCAGCUAAAGAUCAUGUGUUUAUGUAAUAUUUAAUGUCCCAAAGAAUUGGAUGCUCAAUGAAAAAAGGAUGUGUAAGCAUUUCACAGUACCUGGUUUUGUUUUAAAAUUCUACAUAAAUGUGCAAAAAGUCGAAGAAGAUAUAAAAUCUUUCAUUGUAUUUUGGGGGUAUACUGGAUAAUUUAAAUUUUCUUUAUAUUUGUCUGCAUAUUUUUUUCUACAGGAAUAUAAUCAAAUAGUAAAGUUUUUUU